AUGACCUUCUCCCGGCAAGCCAAGCUCUUCCUCACCCUCGGGUCCCUGGCGGCCUCGACUCUUGCUCUGCCGUGGUCUCAGAAGCUGCUGGGCAGCGAUGAGGAUGACGACACGCCUUUGCCUGUGGUCGUCUGGCACGGCCUGGGCGACAACUACGCCGCCGACGGUCUCAAGGAGGUCGGGCACCUCAUCGAAGCCGCAAACCCGGGCACGCUCGUCUACUUCAUCCGCAUGGACGACAGCUCGUCGCAGGACCGCAGCGCCACCUUCCUCGGCAACCUGACGGAGCAGGUGCAGAAGGCGUGCGACGACAUCUCCGCGCACCCGAUCCUGUCGACGGCGCCCGCCAUCGACGCGCUCGGCUUCAGCCAGGGCGGCCAGUUCCUCCGCGCCUACGUCGAGCGCUGCAACGCGCCGCCCGUGCGCAGCCUGGUGACGUUCGGCUCGCAGCACAACGGCAUCGUCGACUUCAAGGCCUGCAGCGCCACUGACUUCUUCUGCAAGGGCGCCAUGUCGCUGUUGCGCGGCAACACCUUCUCGCAGUUCGUCCAGAGCCGCCUGGUCCCCGCCCAGUACUUCCGCGACCCGGCCGCCAACUUCGACCGCUACCUCGAGGCGAGCAACUUCCUAGCCGACAUCAACAACGAGCGCGUACUCAAGAACCAGACGUACCGGGACAACAUCAUCAAGCUCGUCAACUUUGCCAUGUUCAUCUUUGAGGAGGACACCACCGUCAUCCCCAAGGAGACGGCCUGGUUCGAGGAGGUUAACGGCACCGAGGUUGUCCCGCUGCGCGCCAGGGACCUCUACCGUGAGGACUGGAUCGGCUUACGCGAGCUCGACCGCAAGGGCGGGCUCAAGUUCAGGACCGCGCCUGGUGAGCACAUGCGCCUCGAGGGAGAGCUGCUCGUCGAGACCUUCCGCGAGUUCUUUGGCCCCUUGGGCAAGAAGUUUGAGUCCGACCAGGACAGCGAGCGCGAGGUUGAACUCUAG